UCCCAUAAACCUUACAUCAUGGGUGAGGCUCAGCCCCGCCACAUAGCAAUGGCGGCCCCUCUACUCCCAAUUCACAAAUUACUGCUAGCUAGCUAGCAAAUACACUAACCUAUAAAAUCCUCCCAAGACUCAAAAUCUCUAUAUCGCUAAACGUUGACACAUUGAUACCAGCCAGGAGCAUGAGCAUCGAACCUUUCAAUCGGCUGGUGAAGCUUGCCGCUCGUGCGUUUUACGAUGAUGUGACGACGAAAGGGGAAAAUCAACCCAAGAUGGGGAGGAGUGAUAACAGAGGGAUUGCCGUGGUGGUGCUUGACGCUCUUACGAGACGGCAGUGGGUCAGAGAAGAAGAUUUAGCGAAAGAUUUAAAAUUGCACUCGAAGCAACUUCGUCGAACCCUGCGUUUCUUUGAGGAAGAAAAACUAAUUGCACGAGAUAAUAGGAAAGAGACAGCAAAGGGAGCAAAGAUAUAUAGUGCUGCCGUAGCUGCCACUGCUGAAGGUCAACAGGGUAGAAAAGAAGGGGAUGAGAAGAUAAAACUACACACUCAUUCUUACUGUUGUCUAGAUUAUGCACAGAUAUAUGAUGUUGUUAGGUAUAGACUGCAGCGCCUGAGGAAAAAGCUAAAGGAUGAACUGGAAAGCAGGAACACUGUUCAAGAGUACAUAUGCCCCGACUGUGGGAGAAAGUACAAUGCCUUGGAUGCGCUGCGAUUGAUUUCUCCAGAUGAUGAAUGCUUCCACUGUGAGAGUUGCAAUGGGGAACUUGUUGCAGAGAGUGAUAAGUUGGCAGCUCAAGAAGUAGGAGAUGCAGAUGACAAUGCAAAGAGGCGUCGACAUGAAAAAUUAAAGGACGUGCUUCAGAAAAUGGAGGUGCAACUUAAGCCAUUAACAGAUCAACUAAGCAGAGUCAAGGACUUGGCUAUUCCUGAAUUUGGAACGCUUCAAGCAUGGGAAGCCCGAGCAAGUGCUGCUGGGCGUGCAGCAAAUGAUGGAUCUAGUUCUAAUGAUCCCUCCAAAUCUUCCCAGGGGUAUGGUGGAACAGCGAUGCCAUUUUUUGGACAAACAAAGGUUGAAGUUGCGUUUUCUGGUGUUGAAUGUAAGGAAGAGGAUGUCAAACCUGAAACUGGAAGUUCAGGUCUGAAAGUUUUGCCACCGUGGAUGAUCAAGCAGGGAAUGAAUCUUACAAAAGAACAACGUGGAGAGGUCAAGCAGGAGCCUAAGAUGGAUGGCAGUUUAGCAGCAGAAUCACAAUUCUCAGAUGACAAAAAGUCCAUCAAUGAUAAUGAUGAUAAUAAAAGUUUACAGGAUGAGUAUGUUAAAGCUUAUUAUGCUGCUUUGCUUAAGAAGCAAGAAGAAAUUGAAGCUGCUAAGAAGCAAGAGUCUACAGAUGCAUCCAUCUCAAAUGGUAUUUCUGAAUCACUUUCCAAUCGUCAAGUGGGCAUGAAGUUCAAGCGUGAGGAGGAUGAACCAGAAGAUGAUGUUGAUUGGGAAGAGGCACCUACUGGAGGCAGUACAAGUGAAAGCUACAAGGUGAAUGACUUGAAUGCAGAAGCAGAAGCAGAAGCAGAAGCAGAAGCUUCAGGAGAGGACGAGGAGGACAUAGAUUGGGAAGAAGGCUGAUUGCUUUUAAUCUUACCCUCUUCCUUAUCUCUGUCUGUAUUCUACAAGUGAAAACUGCUUCUUUAAUAAGCACACCCAGAAGACGCCAAAUGAUCUGGAAAGCCUUAAGGCCGAGCUUUAGGAAUGCCAGAAUUAAACUCGUAUUCAUUUGUUUUGUAUCAUGGAAGAUAGGUAGAGCUGUCGUUUUUUUUUUUGUUGUUGUUGUUGAGGAUACUGUGUCAUUUUCAAUAUUAAUAUUUUGAAUAUGAAGAAUUUGAAGUUGGCUCCA